UUGUAGAAGUGCAUAGAGUUGCCGCAAACAUCAAUAAUCACGAAAGCCACACUCGUGUCAGCCAAGACAAUUUCUUCGUAUUCAACGCUGAUCUACGCUUCGAUAAUUGGAAAAUGGGCGACCGAGACCAAGACAAGGGAGCCAGAGUGUACGUCGGAGGUUUGACCGACACCAUUAAAAAAGAGGACUUAGAAACCGAAUUCGAAAAGUACGGGAAAUUGAACUCGGUGUGGGUGGCGUUCAAACCGCCCGGUUUCGCAUUCAUCGAGUUCAGUAACGCGGACGAUGCGGAAACUGCGUGUGAUAAUUUGAACGGCACCGAUUUCUUGGGCUCGAAACUGAGAGUGGAGAUCGCUAGGGGCAAGAGCCGCAGAGGCGGCGGUGGUGGCGGCGGCGGUUUCAGAGGCAGAGGCCGCAGCGGCCCGCCGUACAGGGGCUCGAGCUACGGCAGCUCCGACCGGGGUUUCCGGGGCAGCAGUCGUGGUGGCAGGCCCUCCGGCGGCUUUUCCGACCGGUACUCCAGCAACGGCGGCCCCAUGAGGUCGGGCGGCAGGCGCUUCGGCAGCCGCGACUUUCAGCGCAGGAGCGACGGGUUUGAGAGGAACGGCUUCAACGGCAGAGGCGGCUCCAGCGGCAGGCGAUUCGAGAGCGGGCCCAGGUUCCGUUCGAGGUCACCCAACGUCGGCGGCCCCCAGAGGCACUGAACGAAACAAAAAGACUUUUCGAUUUUUCAACUGGUUUUUCAUUUAAUUAAUAUUAACGAUGAUUUUGUCUUAUGUUAAGAUUUUUUUGGGGAAUAACAACUAUGUAAUAUUAUUGUAUUAUGAGACUGUUUACUUACAUAGUUAACUCAGUUUGUAAUUGCAGAUUUAUUACUGUGAUGUUAUUAGUUUUAGUUAAGUUCUUAUUCAUGCUGUUUAAGUAGGCUCACUAUUUAUGUAAAUAUUUCGUGUCCAAAUAAAUAUAUUUGAAAUGUU